CCGCUGCGUUCGUCCCGCUCUAGCACGUACCCCUUUAUGUUAGCUUCUGUUUUAAUCUGGAAUUCGGGCGUCCUUGUCUGGCGCCGGGGGGGCCCAUGGCGGCGUCUCUCUCGGCCUCCCCUGAUAACCAAAGGGUUAUCAAGCGCAAGAGUGCUACUGCUUUUGGACGCAAACCGCGACGUGUCUCCGGUUGGCUGUCCUUGUCCCUCGGCGGGGCUGUCGGAGGCGCCGGCGGCGACGUAGGUCCUCGCAUGUGUUUUCGGUAGUUAAUCAACAACACACUGUUAAAGCCUUUAGUUUGGUCAAAUUCGUGAUAGAACGAAACAGAUGAAGCGGUUCGGCGUCUCGGAGCCUCCUCUGGAAGAGUUCCUUUUGGCGGCGGUGCCGUAGCGUGUGUGGUGCGUGCGUGUGCAGUUGUCCGACGCCCGCGACGCGUUCCACACGGCGUCCCGACGCCGCGAUGUAAAAGUGCGCCCCAUUUUUCCACCCCACCAAGUUUCAUUCAGAAAAAGUGUUGACAUUACGUCAUGUGUUGCUUGGCAACCGACGGAUGCGUGUCACGCGGCGCCUUUUUUUGACAUGGGGGCCCCUCUGGAGACUUGAUGUUCGGCGAGUGGAACCCCACGAUGCACUUGACGGCCAACUCGCAGACGGCCACGGGGACGGCGGCCUCGCCGGAAGGCUCCAGCGUCAUCAACGACACCUACACCAAGAUGACGUCGGACAUCCUCGCCGAGCGCACCCUCAACGACUUCCUGUCGGAGCACCCGGGGGAGCUCAUCCGCACCGGCAGCCCGCUCUUCGUCUGCACGGUGCUGCCGCCGCACUGGCGCUCCAACAAGACGCUGCCGGUGGCCUUCAAGGUGGUGGCCCUCGGCGACGUGGGCGACGGCACCGUCGUCACCGUCAAGGCGGGCAACGACGAGAACUACUGCGCCGAGCUGAGGAACUCCACGGCGGUCAUGAAGAACCAGGUGGCCAAGUUCAACGAUUUGAGGUUCGUCGGAAGGAGCGGAAGAGGGAAGAGUUUCACGCUGACCAUUAUGGUUUCGACGAGUCCGCCCCAAGUCGCUACCUACAAUAAGGCGAUCAAGGUGACUGUGGAUGGGCCCAGGGAGCCGCGAUCGAAGACAAUGCUUUCUCUUUUAGGGCAGCAGCAGCAAUUUCAUUUCGCUUUCGGGCAACGGCCCUUUCCUUUCGCCGCCUCGGACCCUUUGUCAGGCUUCAGGAUGCCGCCGAUAGGGAAUUGCAACAAUAUGCCCCAAUUUGGGUUGAGCAGCACUAAUUCGCACUGGGGGUAUGGGGCCGCAGGGGCGUAUUCGCCUUACUUCACCCCCAGUACGUUGGGGUCGUGUGCGGCGCCCACGGCGUCCCAGUUUAAUACCCCGGCUUUGGGGUUCUCGGGGAGUACCCCGGAUCAGACGUCCACGCAAGAUGCUUUCGGGUCAACGUCCAACGUCACCUCAUUACUCCCUGACACCUCGACGACGGACCUGGACCAGCACCUAGGCCUCGUCUCUUCGCAAAACCACACGAACCACUCCCAGAGCAGCACCCACACCUCGUCCCUUCUAGUCCCUCGCUACUCCACCAACCACUCGGACUUCGGCCUUUCGGGCCCUCGCUCCCUCUCGGACAACUCCAGUGCUGCGGAGAGCCCCGUCCAGGACGACAUCCUCUCCACCCAAAGCACCCUCGGCGUGAACCACGUCAACAACACCAACUUCCCGCUGCACCAGAACAUGACGUCGUCGUCGUACCCCAGCAGCAACUGCAACAACUCAAUCUAUCCCGUCCUUCCUGCGAGUCUUCUCUACUCGCAGCUGUAUUCAGCGGCCAACCAAAGCCACAACUUCCACUCGCUGCACUCGCACACGACGCAAAGCCACCACAAUGACCUGCAGACGGUCAUGGACCAGCUGUCCACCAGCAACCAGCGGCAGAUGAACGGCUCCACGGACCUGCUUCUGAGCAAUAAUGGGACGUGUGCGGCGGCGGCGGCGAGACAGGACGAUGCCAGGUUGACGAGCAACGGGGCCCAGAGGGGCCCUGGACAGAACAGUGACGCGGUGGUGUGGAGGCCGUAUUGAGUGACCGAGGAAACGAUGUGAUUUUUGUGCAAUAUUGUUGACUAGUUUUGGGGUUGUUGGGACUUUGAGGGGUGUGUUUCCGCCAAGUUUCAAACUUUUCGCAUUUGAACUCAACGGGAAACUAUAGGUUUAGGUAAUCUACCAGGUUUUUUUUACUUUGUUACGCUCGUUAAUCUAAUAAAAAGUAACAAUGUUGGUUUUAAUUGUGUACACUUGUGAGAAAAAUAACUAAAUCAUUAAUGACUUAGCAAAUUAUUGUCAUAUUCUGGGACUCCGGUUUGCCAAAUGGUAUUUUACGUCCUCUGAGUGUUUUUUGAUUGGUUACUGAAAUUCUGAAAAUUGUAUUAUCUGACACUGUAAAUAUUAUGUUACUAGUCCUUUCUUGUUUAGAAUAAAAAUCAAAAGUAGAUUGUACCAAAAAAAGGGACAGAAUUAUUUACAGUGCAAUUUUCCAAAAAUUUAUUAACACUAGAUUAUUAUUAAGCACCAUAAAAAAAUACAUUUCCUCUGUAAUUCCACAAAUUAAAUACUAAUUUCAAUUAAAUCUACCAUAAAUUUUUCUCAGAUUUAAUGAAAUUAUAAAAUUCCAGUUAACAAUAUUACCAGAAAUGAUCUGGCAAAGCAAAAAAAAGAUUUUAUACCUUGAGUCAAAACUCGCAAGCUUUCGAAAAAAGAAUUUUUUUUUAUAAUUUUUUUCUAAAAUUUUAAAUUUGUCACUUUUCUGUAUUGUUUUUUAUGUAAUUUUUACUUUGAGGCACUUGCAAAUGUAAUAAAAAGUAACAAUGUUGGUUUUAAUCGUGUACACUUGUGAGAGAAAUAACUAAAUCAUUAAUGACUUAACAAAUUAUUGUCAUAUUUUGAAACUCCGGUUUGCCAAAUGGUAAAAAAAUUGGUAUUUUACGUCCUCUGAGUGUUUUUUUUUUAUUCGUUACUGAAAUUCUGAAAAUUGUAUUAUCUGACACUGUGUAAAUAAAUAUUAUGUUACUAGUCCUUUCUUGUUUACAAUAAAAAUCAAAAGCAGAUUGUACCAAAAAAAGGGACAGAAUUAUUUACAGUGCAAUUUUCCAAAAAUUUAUUAACACUAGAUUAUUAUUAAGCACCAUAAAAAAAAUACAUUUCAUCUGUAAUUCCACAAAUUAAAUACUAAUUUCAAUUAAAUCUACCAUAAAUUUUUCUCAGAUUUAAUGAAAUUAUAAAAUUCCAGUUAACAAUAUUACCAGAAAUGAUCUGGCAAAGCAAAAAAAAGAUUUUAUACCUUGAGUCAAAACUCGCAAGCUUUCGAAAAAAGAAAUUUUUUUUAUAAUUUUUUUCUAAAAUUUUAAAUUUGUCACUUUUCUGUAUUGUUUUUUAUGUAAUUUUUACUUUGAGGCACUUGCAAAUGUAAUAAAAAGUAACAAUGUUGGUUUUAAUCGUGUACACUUGUGAGAGAAAUAACUAAAUCAUUAAUGACUUAACAAAUUAUUGUCAUAUUUUGAAACUCCGGUUUGCCAAAUGGUAAAAAAAUUGGUAUUUUACGUCCUCUGAGUGUUUUUUUUUUAUUCGUUACUGAAAUUCUGAAAAUUGUAUUAUCUGACACUGUGUAAAUAAAUAUUAUGUUACUAGUCCUUUCUUGUUUACAAUAAAAAUCAAAAGCAGAUUGUACCAAAAAAAGGGACAGAAUUAUUUACAGUGCAAUUUUCCAAAAAUUUAUUAACACUAGAUUAUUAUUAAGCACCAUAAAAAAAAUACAUUUCAUCUGUAAUUCCACAAAUUAAAUACUAAUUUCAAUUAAAUCUACCAUAAAUUUUUCUCAGAUUUAAUGAAAUUAUAAAAUUCCAGUUAACAAUAUUACCAGAAAUGAUCUGGCAAAGCAAAAAAAAAAGAUUUUAUACCUUGAGUCAAAACUCGCAAGCUUUUGAAAAAAGAAAAUUUUUUUUUAUAAUUUUUUUCUAAAAUUUUAAAUUUGUCACUUUUCUGUAUUGUUUUUUAUGUAAUUUUUACUUUGAGACACUUGCAAAUGUGUAAAAGUAGCAAUGCUGGUUUUAAUCGUGUACACUUGUGAGAAAAAUAACUAAAUCAUUAAUGACUUAACAAAUUAUUGUCAUAUUUUGGAACUCCGGUUUGCCAAAUAGUAAAAAAAUUGGUAUUUUACGUCCUCUGAGUGUUUUUUUUGAUUCGUUACUGAAAUUCUGAAAAUUGUAUUAUCUGACACUGUGUAAAUAAAUAUUAUGUUACUAGUCCUUUCUUGUUUAGAAUAAAAAUCAAAAGCAGAUUGUACCAAAAAAAGGGACAGAAUUAUUUACAGUGCAAUUUUCCAAAAAUUUAUUAACACUAGAUUAUUAUUAAGCACCAUAAAAAAUACAUUUCCUAUGUAAUUCCACAAAUUACAUACUAAUUUCAAUUAAAUCUACCAUAAAUUUUUCUCAGAUUUAAUGAAAUUAUAAAAUUCCAGUUAACAAUAUUACCAGAAAUGAUCUGGCAAAGCAAAAAAAAAGAUUUUAUACCUUGAGUCAAAACUCGCAAGCUUUCGAAAAAAGAAAAAUUUUUUUUAUAAUUUUUUUCUAAAAUUUUAAAUUUGUCACUUUUCUGUAUUGUUUUUUAUGUAAUUUUUACUUUGAGACACUUGCAAAUGUAAUAAAAAGUAUUAAUAGUGGUUUCAUUGGUGUACAACUGAGAGAAAAGUAACUAAAUCUUUCAAUGGCUUAACACAUUUCGCGACUUUAGUUUGGUAAAAGUGUUAGAUCCAGGUUUGCAAAACCACAAAAAAGUUAAAAUUCGCAUCAUUUGGCAUUCAGUAAUUUUUUUUUUUAAUAAAAAAUACUGUCCAACUCCAGAACCCUUCUGUGAGUGAAAUUUUGUGGAAAAAAUCGCUACUGAAAUUCUGAAUAAAUCCUUAACUAGAUAUUCCUUUCUCGUUCAUAAUAAAUAUCAAAGGUAUGUUGCCUCUUUGAUUUUUUAUGCAAAAUUCAAGUUUGUUUCUAUUAGUUUUACUUUUUUCUGCUUUUCAGUCAAAAAAAGGACUUUCAGCCUAGAAAGCACACUAACGUAAAAAUAACGUAAAGUUAAAGGUUGCAAAAACGUUACUUUUAUCUUUCAAUAAACGCAAAAAUGACUGCAAUUAACGUUAUUUGUAACGUAAAACAUUUAGGGCAGAUUUAUAAAAAGCGUAAACGUAACAUUAUAGAAAAUAUAAAACCAACAAUCAACGUCAACAGGCAAGUUUUAAAAAUAUUGUUUUUAUUCAAAUAAUAUUCUGUUAUAAAAUGUACAAUAUAAAAAAAUUAAACCCGCACACAUUUGUGUGUGAGUCUAAUUUUAUUUAAUCAAUAAUCCUACACUCAACAUCCAAAAUAUUAUUGUCAAAAAAUAGAUCCUUAGUUAUUAACUAUAAAUUUUGCGUUUUCUAUUCAAUUAAUAAUUUAAGUUAUGAUGUACUUUAAACACGUUGAAAAUUGGUAAAAAAAAUACUGAUGGUUUUUAAACUAUGUAAUAUAAACGUUAAAAAAACGUAAUUAUACAACCAAAUAACAACGUUGUAAAUUUCCACAUAUAACGUUAAAAAAACGUUAGAUCUACGUUUGUGUGCUAACUGGAAAUAUUUCCACAGCAAUUUUCUUAGAAUUUCUUUAGUAAUAUUAUGUUAUUAUUGAGUAUUAAAAAAACCGCUUAAAUAAAGGCAUAAAACUAAUUUUUUUGAACAGUGUAGCAAGCGAGUAAGUACGAGUUUGAGUGUAAAUAGUUCUUUUAGUGGUCUAUUUAAAAAUUAAUUUUUAGUUAAAAAAUUCUCAAAAUUUUCAGGGCCGGCUGAUUAAUUCGAAUUAAAUUGUUAUUUACUUUGCACUAAUUUUUUUGCAAAAUAGAAAAUUCUAGUUAAAAGAGAUUGGCUAAGCAAGAAAUUAGAUUUUAAUAUCUUGAAUCAAAAUUUGUAAUUUUGGGAUUUUUUUAUUUAUACUUAUACUCAUACUACUCGAACUUCAAAAAGACAUAAUUUUAUUAAAAUAAAUAUGUACAAUAAUAAAAAUACGACUCGAAAAUAAUAAGGCUAUUAUUCUCCUGAACACAACUUUCUCUUAUAUUGCUUUUUUCAAAUUAUUUUUGUGUUGGUAGGGGUAGUGUUUUGGCGUUGCGUAAUUGAGAGUUUGAGCGGUAACAUACGAACCUCGUGUUUCAUUAACGAUGUGCAAUCGAUUCGUAUAAGUCUAGGUUAAGACCCUGUUGUAUAUCUAACAAUGUAUAAGUUAGAACAUGUCAUGUACAGAGAAAGCCGCAUGUUUGCCCGAGUGACGGGCGAGAUCGUGGCCAUUAUAGCUUUAAGCUUGUAAAACUAUCGUGUAAAAUAUGCUUGGAUUAGCCCUCCUGUAUAAAAGCCAUUGAGUAAUUCUAACUAAAGAAAUUCAUUAAUUACGAUACCUGUUAUGUAAGUUUUUCUGUUGGAAAAAUGUAAAAUAAACAACAACGAUAACAAAUAAAUAUUCAAAGAAU